CAUUCCCCCGCCGCCGCCUACCGGUUGGGUGGAGGGCAACGUUGUGCCGUACGACCUUGUUGUUGUCGGCUCGGAUGGCACGUGGGAGCUUCAAUGUAUUGCGCACGUCGCCGCCCGCGUGGAUGAGGUGGUGCAGCCGUUGCUCCUUGAGCGCCCAAGCGCAGACGCCACGGCGAAGGCCCAGGAGGAGUUUAACGCCGCCGUGGAGAAAGCUCUGCAAAAGGUCAUUUUGGAUACACUACGCAAAGGCGGCGCCACGUUUUGCUGCCCAAAAGCAAUAGCCCCAGGGGGGGAUAACAUGUCAUUGGCGCUCAUGCUCCUCUUGUGA